AUGUGUAUGCUGUUCUUACCACAUGUCAAUUCCUGCUCCUUUUAUAAUGUCUACUUGACAGAUAUCAGAGAAGAGUCAGGCAUCCGUCACCACCAUCAACCGAAAGUAAAUACAGAGACGAAGCCUGCCUUGCCUAGACAGGUCAUUGGCUUUUCUGAUGAUGAAGAAGAACCAGCAACUCGCCCUCCACGGACAGCAGCAUCUUUUCCUAUACAAAAUAAGAUGAACCACAAUCCAGAAAAAGACGUUGGACAGAAAGGAAACCUUUCAAGGAAACCUCGUACCCAUUUCUCCAGAUAUUUUGCAGCAUGUAUGAAAUAUUUCGUUGCGUCUCUCCUCGUCGCCCUGGCUGUGGGCGUAGCGGCUGUGCUUUACAUAUCACCAGAGUCGGUCCAUAAGUUCACAGAUCAGUUUCUAGAUGGACCAGAAGUCAGAAAAGGUCUGAAGGAUGACUUUGGGAACCUUACCAGCGUUUUCACCAACCAAUCUCCGCUGAUGUGGAAAAGAAGUAGAGUCAUUUUGGAGCGUCACCUGGAAAACUGGAAGAAAAAUACAGAGCCCGCUAUCCUCCUCCUCACUGGUGCCAGGGAUGCAGAACAGACUCUGCUCUGUAUUGGCACCCAGCUAGCAGAUAUCUAUUCCUCCUCCCUUGGUGGUAACUACACAGUGAUUUCAGGAUCAAACUGGGCGUCUGAAAGCAGCGAGGUGGUUAAAGCACACAUUGAUGAUCAUCUGAGCGCACAUUUCCAAGCCAAGACCAGUGCAGCCAUUCUGCAUCGCUUAGAGCUUCUGCCGUCUGGGUCGCUGCUGAUUCUCUACAAGUACUGUGACCAUGAAUCGGCCGUGUUCAAAAAUGUGAUGCUGCUGUUCACGGUGCUCUUGGAUGAGGCAACUCUGGCAAAGGACAUUCCACUUAAUGAUCUGGAAGAGACUGUGAGAGAGUUUUUAAUCAACAAACUAAUUGACCCAGAGACCGAGAACGCGGCCUCCCAUGAUUGGAUGGAUCGUGACAAGUUUAGUGGAGUCUGGAGCCGCAUAUCGCACGUAGUGCUUCCUGUUUUCCCUGAAGAGAAUAUCCCGGAGCAGUGUGUGAAGAAACCAAUCUGAAGCAUGGAGUCCAAGGGAAUAGCAUUGGAUACCCCACCCGAAUGCAUGGGCGUUGUUACCCACUUCAGUGUCCUAUGGACAAAAUAGCCUCAUGUAGGUUACAUUAAAUGGUGGACGCAGCAUUGUAUUAUAUUGGUAUUUCCGGAUAUCAUAUACCACCAGCAUUCCAAGGACAACGCCGUUGCAAAAGAAAAAAAAUAUAGAUUUGAAUCUAUUCAAUCACAGACUGUUCAGAUCAGGGUUUUUUUCCCAUCCCUAUAGACAAAUUUAAAAAAAAAUUACUUGCCUACAUGGAUCCUGCUAUUCCAGUUUUUUGGUUUUUUUUCCCUUCUGUUGCCUGUCGUCUUCUGACUCUUUUCUUCUCAUCGAAAUCGUAGAAAAGAAAAACACAACUUUUAUUAAUAUGACUGAAAGGAUCAAAAGGUGACCGCCCCUUAUAAAUCCCUAAGAAAAAAACGGAUUCCUUCCUAGGGAGCGGAAUAGCCGCCCUGACGAGCAAUCCCACUGUCUGCAAAGCUGUCCCUAGCUCACCCUAAUCUGUUAGGGGACAGAGCGGACGAAGGACCGAUAUACAGUGGGGUCAACAAUGGUGUACCAGUUAUGUGGCCUCCAUCGUAAAUAUAUGAAAACCACAGGCCACCCCAUGAAGAGAUACAGAGAAUCCUCCUGUAAUGUAAUACGAGCCAAAAAUUAAACAAGUGUACCGAUGUAAAUACAUAAUCAUAGGCCCUACGCGUGUCUCCCCCACGUACUCAACCAUAGGGUUCAUCAGGAGCAAAAUCACUGAACAGAUGUCUAGUUACUGCCACGGUGUGAAUGAUUUGAUAACUUAUGUACCGUGUUCACAUCAUAGGGUAUUUCUGUGGAGCGACUUGCUCUAGUACCUUUAGAGGUGUAUUCUCAUCCUAAACAUUCAUGACCUAUUGACUAGAUAUGUUAGCAAUGUCUGAUCAGGUCUGACCUCUGGGGUGGCCUACAACUAAGGGGUCCCUACUAAACCAAUAUUGUUCCAAUAAUGCAACACAGACCAUUAUCUUGAACCCAUUUUCUCUAGGCUCGGUGCGGGCCAGCCAUCGUUCUUUAGGCUUCAUGCACACGACCGUAUCCAUAUUUCAGUCCUGAAAAUAGAGAUCGCUUCUGCAUUCUUCCCAUUCCCAUCAAUAGAAAUAUGGAAUAGAAAUGGCUGUUUCCUCCCUCAAUAUGCUAUAAAUUCCGGAACGGACAUACAAAUCCGCCCCAAAAAAUGGAUGGCCCUAUAAAAAUAAAAGGGUUGUGGGCUACCCUAAAACAUAAUGCAGAUGGCACACGGAGGAUAGAGUCUUGUGCAUGAGACAUAAAACUGCUCGCCAGCGUGGAUAGUCAACAUUAUUUUGUGUCCGUCUAUGAUCCCUGUAGAAAAAACAGCUAAUUAUGACUACACUUAGUUUUUAAAAAAAUCAGUUUUCAUAAAGAUAGCAAUAAUUACAGCGAAUAAUUCUGAGUUAUGUAUCAAUGGGAAAUCACACCGCCAGAGAAGCUGAAAACAUGUAUACAAGUGCAGGUUUUAGAAAAUCUGCAUGUACUUAUGUUUGUGGUGAGGCGACUACCAGUCCUACUGCCAUAGACAGUGGCAACAAGAUUUAUGAAACUGGCUAGAAGGAAUAGCAACCAAUCACAGCGCAGCUUUCAUUCUAAAAGCGGAGGGCUACAUUAUAAUGUGAUUUCAUUAUCGGGUCUAAAAUCAUCUGCCCUUUCAUUUCUUAAUAUUAUCUUUGCCUGCAUAGAUCUAGGGUUAAAUUAUACAAUUCUGUCUGCCUGCAGUCACCACUAGAGGGAGCUUAUAGUAUAUUAUUUACUAUUGGUUCUAUGUAUAAAUGUAUUCAGUAAAUUCCCCUAGUGGUAACCGCAGGCAGCCAGAGUUCAUCCAUUUGAGAAACCUGUAUCUCCAAUAACUAUAAAAAAUAUAUUAAAGGGGUUGUCCAUGCUAGAAAUAUUAAUGAACCCUACUCAGGAUAGGUCAUUAAUAUCAGAUUGACACCCAGCACCACCAACCAACCAGCUGUGGCACUGGAAAUUAAGUCCAUCAGUGGUGGUCGUGCUUGCACAGUAUAGGAAAAGGCCUCAGCCUCUCUGCUGACCGGGACCAUGGGAGCGCACAUAGGCCCAUGCUUUUUCCUAUAUUGUGCAAGCCACAAUGAUGGCUUGCAGGGUGGUCUGUAACCAUGGAAACGAGCUGUGGAUAAUGUGAUAGAAAAAUGAAUC